AGUUGCGUAGGAGGGGGAGAGAAUGGACGUGCAAGGUCAUGGGAGAUUUUUUUUUUUUUUAAUCUUUAAAAAAAUGUCUUCUUCGAAUUGUGGGUUGGGGGAUCUUGGAAUCAUGUGCUGAGUCCUCUUUCAAGAUGUAUAAAUAUUGCGCUUAAAACUUGUAGAAAUCAAGUUUGCCAAGUGGUGCUUCAGUAAAGUUUCUGAUACAUUGUAGAGAGAACUGCUCUAUUAUUUUUUCACCUAGAGAUAGAAAUUUUGUGACUUUUUGCUUAAUCCUUAAGGGUCUUUAGAAAAUGUUUUACCAGACCAACAUGGUGUUUUUAUUGGCUACCACAUCCCUGAUGCUGUUUUUCGAUGGAUGCAAAGGCGAAGAUUUCAAUAGCUACAGCAGAAUAGCCUGUGAGGGAACAAACAUGACUCUGUCCUGUCUAAAAGACCAAGAUAUUAAACUGACGUCUGCUAAGUACGGCCUCAUCACAGAUCAAGUCCCUUGCCCUGACAAAGCAUUCGAAAGUAUAUUCUGCCAAUAUACAGCAACCUCUGAGAUAUCUAAAUGGUGUAAUGGAAAACAGACCUGUGAGAUAAAGGUAGACAGUAGCACCAUAGUAGACCCUUGCCCAGCUGGUGUUACGAAACAUUUAAUUGUUGACUAUCUGUGUUUAAACAGUCACCGAAGAGAGAAAAGGUCAAUGAAAAAGAAAACAAAGAGACCAAGAAAGAUGUAAUUCGAGUAGCUAUCCCAUAAUUUUAUUUUGUUGAAAUAUGUAUCAAGGUUGUUGAAUCACUGUAUAAAUUAGUACACCACUUACAUUUGCUCAAGUUUUAAUGGCUGUCUUCAAGUGGAUUAUUGAAAUUUAGAAACAUUGACACGGAUCAAACCAUAGACUUAUUUAUACUACUCUAGACUGGACAUGGACAUUUUGUAACACUACAAAAUAAAAUGUCGUGAAAAUUUUUUAGAAAGUUGGAUCAAGGCGUUGUUUUGUAAAGUAGUUAUAAGAAGUAGAAUGUUGUCUUUUUUCAACCCUAACCUAUGUAACAUAUAAUUUAAUUUUCAGAUCUAGAUCUAGUAAUUGAACAUCAAUAAUAAGAGUACUCUCGUCUCAUAAUUAUUAUUUUGCAAUUUUUAUAUACAUAAUCUAGAAAGAUCUAGGUAAUCAAUCUAUUUAAAUGUACAUAAGAUAAUUUAAAUCAACAUGAAUUAUUUUGAUCUAGGAUUUUUGAAACAUUAUCUCAAUGUAAAAAUGUUUUACAUUUUUCGGAUGUUCCUUCAGAGUUGAAGAUAGUUUACUUCCUAGUCCAAACCUCCCGCAGGACGACGGGGGAUGGGAGCGGGCAGGAUUUGAACCCUCGACCAUCGAUAAAUCCGUACGACAGUCCAGCGCGCAAACCUCACGACCAGGCAGCUGUUUGGAAACAAACAGGAAAAGGAUUUGUUUCAUAUAUUUGCGUGAAUAUCCGAGAAAGGAUUUUGCAUUAUUUCUAAACUUUGAAAACUAAAAAGUUUUACUUUUCUAAGACAGAAAAGA